AUGGGCUACGACUAUGCGCUUGUGCACCUCACCUACACCAUCCCGCCCGCCGCUCUGCUCUCGAUAGUCUACGCCCCGCUUUGCACCAAGCUCGAUCUGUACCGCAUCCUCUUCCUCAUCACCAUCGCUGUGCUCUCGACCAUACCAUGGGAUAGCUACCUCAUCCGGACCGGCAUCUGGUCUUACCCGUCCAAUGUCAUUGUCGGGCCGACGCUGUUUGACAUACCGCUGGAAGAGGUCUUCUUCUUUGUGAUCCAGACCUUCAACACGACACUGCUGUAUCUGAUCCUGAACAAGCCGAUACUGCAUCCGAUUUACCUGGUCAAGGAGAAGAAAGGCGACAAGUGGUUGUAUGUCAAGCUCAUUGGGCAAGUAGUAGGAGCCUUGCUGUUGAAGCAGGCGGUGACAUUCGUGAGGAAUGGCGGCGAGAGGACGUACUUGGGUUUGAUUCUAGCGUGGGCAUUGCCGUUCCUGCUGCUGCUGUGGAGCCUGGCGUACCAAUUGUUGGUCCAGCUGCCAGCCACGAGCACCGUCUUGCCUAUUGCUGUACCCACGCUGUAUCUAUGGGUUGUAGACACGCUCGCCCUCAAGCGUGGAACAUGGGUCAUCGAGACGGGCACGAAGACUGGGUGGACGCUCUGGCCUGGUCUGGAGAUCGAAGAAGCGAUCUUCUUCUUGUUGACCAACUGCUUGAUUGUAUUUGGCCUGGUGGCAUUUGACAACGCAAUCGCAGUGCUACAUGCUUUUCCAGCACACUUUCGACGCGUGUCCGACCUGCCGUCUCCAAUGCUGCUGAUACAAGCGCUGCUACUCCCUUCCAAAGCCUACGAUGACGACCGAAUCCUCGGCAUACAGCAGUCUGUUGACCGACUCAAGAAGAAAAGUCGAUCUUUCUACCUGGCAAGCAGCACGUUCUCCGGCCGCCUAAGGAUCGACCUCAUCAUCCUCUACUCUUUCUGCCGGGUCGCGGACGACCUCAUUGACAACGCCGACUCGACCGCCGACGCUCAGAAAGGGGUGCAGAAGCUGAAGACCUAUCUCGAUCACUGCUAUGGCGCAGACGUCCAGGAUGAGAAAGGCAACGUCAUCACCAGUAAAGAUGCCAACCGUGGCUCAGCAACCCUGUACGCCGUCCAGAACUUCCCGGAUGACGCGCAGCUCACACUUCUGCUCCUCCCGACCCAGCGCCUUGCCAAAGAACCUCUCUACGAGCUGCUUGAAGGCUUCAAGAUGGAUCUUACCUUUACCGCGCAAACACCUUGUGGUCCCAUCAAGACCGACUCCGACCUGAAUCUAUACGGCGCACGCGUUGCGGGUACAGUCGCUUUACUCUGCAUCCAGCUCGUCCUGCACUAUCAUCCUGGCGCAAGCGAAAUAAAUGCCAAACAUCUAAUGUCUGCAGGCCACGACAUGGGCAUUGCGCUGCAAUACACCAACAUCGCGCGCGAUCUGACCGUCGAUGCUUCGAACGGACGAUGCUACGUACCGCCGCCUUGGCUCAAGAAGGAAAAGCUCACGCCCGACUCUUUCAUCUCUGGCCUCAAAGCUCUGCAGCAGGAAGACUUCUUCACCAAGAAGGUCUCCACGAUCCGAGCAAGGCUGCUUGACCGCGCGUUCAGUUUCUACAACAGCAGCAUUGACGCCGUCGAAGAGCUGCCGGGUCCUGCGAGAGCACCGAUGCGGGUUGCAGUUGAGAGCUACAUGCAGAUUGCGAGGGAACUGCAGAAGCCGGGCUUCAAGGUCAAGGCUGGAAGGGCGACAGUGCCGGGGUGGAAGAGGAUAUGGGUUGCGUGGAGGAGUUUGUGGGGGAGGAGGGCAAAAGGGUAG